CGUCAUGAUCAUGAUGUCGUCGUCGCGGCGGCGCGGCGGGCGGCGGGCGGCGGUACGAGAGAACAACAGUAGUAACAACCGUAACAACACACAAAUUGGGCGGCCCCUGAGUUCUUUGGGGCAUCUUUGCACGCACUGUGGUAUUGUUGGAAUUUAAACGAAGAGAAACGCUAUAUAAAAAAACAACUGAGAAUUUAAUAGUCGAAUCAAUAAAAACAAUGUCCGAAUACGAUCAGGUGAAAAGGGUAAAAUUAACUUUGAAAGGCGAAAAACACAAAUCCAAGAAAAGGAAGCACAAGAAAGAAGGAAGCGAUGAAAAAACAGUAAGCCUAAAGGAGGAUGAUUCUGCAAUUCACGGCGGUUGGUGGAAAGUAAGCAACAUUUCCGAGAUAACUGGUACAGUAGCGAUACAGUACGGCAAGGGAACCUAUGUGAAAGCACUGGAUAACGGAUUAUUUACUUUGGGAGCUCCUCAUGACGAAGGCGAGGGUCCAUCUCCGGAAGAAAUUCUCACAGCAUUUCCAGUUAACGAUACAAAAGUAGCCCUCAAAUCGGGAUAUGGAAAAUAUUUAGGAGUCGAUCAAAGAGGUAUAGUGAUAGGUAGAAGCGACGCCGUCGGAGCUAUGGAACAGUGGGAACCAAUUUUUCAAGAUGAUAAGUUGGCUAUACUGAGCACAACCAAUCGCUUCAUUUCCAUAACCGACCAGGAUGACGUUGUUUGCAACAUCAAGACUGCCGGACCGAAAGAAUACUUAUCCAUCAGAAGUAUGAUACAAAGAGUGGAAGAUCCUAACAAAGACGUUCCCAUUGACGAACGAGGAUCGCUCAACGAUAUAGAAGUCAAUUAUGUACGAAAGUUCCAGAAAUUCCAAGACAAAAAAUUACGUAUCCAUAAAGGUGAUCGGGAAGAAUUGAAAAAGGCUAAAAUCGAGGGCAGCCUUCACGAGACGCUCCUCGAUAGAAGAAGCAAAAUGAAAGCCGAUCGUUACUGCAAAUAAAACGUCAAAACGUUGGCGGCUGCGUUUUAUCAAUUGUCUAUUAACACUUUCGUCAACGCCUCUCGAAUGAAACGAAUUUUCACACUGCUCUACGAAAAAAUAGUUAAAAUUUUUCUCUGUUCAUGCACUGCAAGUUCGAACGGAAUUUGCUACGGAAUUGAAAAAAAGCUAUAUAUACCAUUCAAAUUUCUUUCCUACGUAACGCAUUAUCCGGAUAAACGUGGACGGGGGAAAUGACACAGUUACAAAAAAAUUGAAAUAAAAAAAUGUAUCGAUUCGUAUCUACAAUUCA